UGACUUCAGAGAACAUCUUUCCAGUUCCGGUUACGGGAAUGAGGACAUUGAUCGUUACAUCGACACUAACUUUGCAAGAUGAUUCAAGGAGACGAUACUGAGUGAAGCUGCCACCGGGACUAUGGAUCCUUUUUUGGAGUCACUAGCAUGGGGGCCCAAAUCUUUAGUGAAAUGUUGGUAUGUCUAUUUUGUCAAUGGUUACAAAUAUCACACUCGAGCCUAUGGAAACAAUAAACCCACAAUGAACAGUGGAGUGUGUGUCCCAACAUGCAGUUAUGAUAACUCAGAGACUGACUUUUUUGGAUAUGUUGAUGAGAUACUAGAGAUGAAAUUUGCAGGUGCAAAUGAGUUAUCGAUUGUAGUUAUUGCGAUGCACUUGGGUAGAUCCCGUGAGGGGGGUGAGAAAAGAUGCCAUACACAACUUACUCGAUGUGAAUCAUGCGCGAGUAUAUCAGAAAAACGAGCCAUUCAUUUUUGCUCAACAAGCUGCCCAAGUUUAUUACGCAG